ACGACUUUUCGACCUUUUAGGAAACGAAUCAGGGGAAAUCGGGGAGGUGUCCUAAAUGAUAAUGUUAAAUGUAAUGAUCAUGAAUAUUCAUAUAAUCGCGGUCACGGUUUGAAUGAAAUACUCAAAAUCUAAUAUCUAACUGGACCAUGUCACUAUUUUACAAAGCGACUGAACAGUUCGUGUUUAAUUUUGUGAAAGCUAAUUAAUAAAUGUAAAAUAACUGUUAAGUGGACACGCUUUAAUAAGACACAAGCAUAUAAGGUUAAAAUUAUAAUCUUUUUAUUUUACCAUUUUAGUUGUCAUAACGUUUUGUAAUGAUGGACAAGUCUGGCAAAAGUUAUAUCAAAAUGGAAGGCGAAAUUCACGAUGACGGACUUUAUACUGUAACAGACUGUAUAAAACAUUUCGCUGAGAUAAAAGCUGAAAACGAGGCGUUUGUGUUUGCAGAUCAUGUUGGUGGUCGACAAGCGGUUACGUUUGCAGACAUAUACGAGAAAAGUACUGCCGUAGCACGGUCUUUAGUGAAGCUUGGUGUCAAGAAAGGUGAGCUUAUUGCCAUCAACUUACGGAAUUGUCCGGAAUGGCUUUAUCUACAGUUUGGUGUAAUGUUCUCUGGGGCUGUCCCAGUCAGUAUAUCGUUCACUUAUAAAGAUGGCAGCGAUCUGAUUGCAUUGAUGAAAAAGCUCGGAAAUUGCUGUUUGCUCGCACUUGAUCCUGGUGUAGACGGUUUGAAUUGGCAAAUAGUCAAAAAGCUUCUCAUUAGGUAUUCCCCUGAUGGGACGGCUUCGAGCGAUAAACUUCCAAGUUUGCGGUAUGUUAUUGGUCACGAAGUUGGUUGGAAAAACUCAAGAGAGAUGACAGGAGUGAAAACUAUUAGCGAGCUUGUUAAUGAGACGAACCCUGCGGUCACGUGUCCAAUAAUUGACAAGGAUGACGCUGCAUUUUUUGUCCAGACGUCAGGGAGUACAGGUGUCCCUAAACUUGUUGUCCACACUCAUAGAUCCAUAAUGACCGUCCGACAGCUAGGUUCUGUUGGUUUAGUGGACUCAUCGGUCGUACAGUACAAUGAUCGUCCGUUCUGCUGGAUAGGUGGUUUUCCAAUGUCCAUCGUGACCGGACAGAAACGAGUCACGGUGUCCGGAUUUAGUCCAAUACCGGACGAUCGAGUAACAAGCUUGAUUGAUAUUGUACAAAAAGAAAAAUGUACCCUUCUUACUGCCCUUCCUCCCUUGCUUCAUGGGUUGAUACGAGCAGAGAACAUUCCUGCAGACUGGCCAGUCAAUGCUGUUUUAACAGGCGGACAGCCUCUUACUAAGGGUAUAGCCGCAUCAAUUGGAAAAGUUGCGCCUAUAAUAUCUGCAAACUACGGUGGAACAGAAUUCUUGAUCGCGAGUUCAGGAGAGAUUCAUGACGUUGGAGACUUCCGGGAAUACUAUAGCGGCGACAUCUGUAAGAUUCCAGGACUUGAAUUGAAAGUUGUCGACGAGUCUGGCGAAAUAGUUCCUGUGAAUACACGUGGAGAAAUAUAUGUUCGCAGUCCAGGCAUGUUCAGAGAGUAUCACAAUGACCCUGAGAAAACUGCGGCAGUUUUUACAGAUGAUCACUGGUUCAAAACAGACGACAUUGGUAUUAUGACGAAAGACGCUGAACUUUUUAUCUACGGAAGGAUAUCAAACAUGAUCAUAUCUGGCGGUAUGAAUGUCACUCCUGAAAUAUUAGAGCAGGCGAUAAAAACAUGCCCAGGCGUAGCUACAGUUGUCAUCGUCCCGGUACCGGAUGAAAUAUACUAUCAAGUUCUAUGCGCAUGCGUUAUCCGUAAAACCGGAAGUAAUCUCACAGAAGAGCAACUUCGCAGUUAUUGUAAUGAAAUUCACAAUGAUAGCCGAAGAAUGUUUACAGUUCUUCCGAAGUAUUACAUGUUCUUUGAUGUAUUUCCUGAAACAAUCACAGGGAAAACGGAUAGGGUGCAGCUGAGAAAGUUAGCAAAGAAAGCUUUUUGUUCUUCAUAAUUUUGAUGAUAUGUUAUUU